AUGGAUAGCAAGGGAAUCAUAUGCUUUAUUGUGGGCCUUUUGGGGCUUAUAUCAUCUGGUUUUGGUUUUGCUGCUGAAAUUACAAGGGUUAAGCCUUCACAAGUUAAGCUAGACAUUUUCAGACAAUGUGAAUAUCCUCAGAGUCAUGCGCUAGUUUUUAGCUUAGUUUCGGCAGCAACGCUUUUGAUCGCUCAAAUAAUUAUAAAUGCUGCCACUCAGUGUUUUUGCUGCAAAAGAAGAACCGCUGAAUCUCACAUGAGCAAAUCUCUUUGCUUCUACAUUAUUUCUUGGAUCACAUUUAUGAUAGCUAUCGGUCUACUACUAACUGGGGCUAAGCUGAAUGAAAGACACGAUGAUGUGGUUGUGAGAAAUGGCGCCUACUACUGCUAUGUUGUCAAACCAGGAGUGUUUGUCGUCGGAGCAAUCAUGGCCGCUUUAAGUUCGAUCUUCGGAGUCUUCUAUUAUCAAACCAUAAACUCAAAAGGGGAGGGCACGAACAAUGUACCAGUGGUUCUGAACCAAGGUGGUAGAGCCAUGGCACAACCUCAGUUCCCCCGCAGAAUCCUGGUUUUGCACAUGGACAUGCUUAUAACAAGCCUCAAUUUAGUUGAUUGGACUUAA